CCAGACACAAACCUCACGGGAGCCCACUGCUUCACAAGGAAGACGAAGAUGCUCAGGCCGCCGUUUGCAAAGCGCUUAUGGAAUCCCACAGCACGCAGUUUUCUGCUUCGUUUCAGUCAAUAUAGGGAACUUCAUAGCAGAAAUCGGAAAGCCAUGGAGUUGAUCGCCAAAGGAUGGAGUGCUUUGAAGGAAGUCGAUAGAGUUAUUGAUUACUGCGAGCUCAAUGAUCGCCGUCUCAUCCCGCUUCUUCGGACAGCGAAGGAAAACUUUGAAUUGGCUCUUGAAGUUGAUAAUUCAAAUACCCAUGCUAGAUAUUGGUUGUCAAAAUUGCAUUUGAAGUAUCACGUCCCAGGGGGAUGUAAAGCUGUGGGAGCUGCAUUGUUGGUUGAAGCAGCAGAUAUGGGCGAUCCAGAUGCACAAUAUGAACUCGGUUGUCGUCUGAGAGUUGAGAAUAAAUAUGUACAAUCAGACCAACAAGCUUUCUAUUAUCUGGAGAAGGCUGUUGACCAGCUGCAUCCAGGUGCACUUUUUCUUUUAGGUGCAGUAUAUCUGACAGGAGACUGCGUGAAGCAAGAUAUUGCAUCGGCAUUAUGGUGCUUCCAUCGGGCCUCAGAGAAGGGUCAUGCUGGUGCAGCUAUAGCAUACGGAUCUCUUCUUCUCAAAGGCGUUGAAGUACCCGAAUCUCUAACGAAAUUCAGCUUAAAGAAUGGUUCUUCAACCAGAAAGGCUAGAAAUAACCCAGAUGGUCCUAUGAGUUCAGUUGAGAGGGCUAGAGAACAGUUCAAUGCAGCAGCAAUCUCAGGGUGUGAUCUUGGGCUCAAAUGGUUAAACAGACUCGAAAAGGAAGAAAGGAAUUUGUUGACCGAAUCUGGAUGACGCUAUUGACAUUAAUAUACACGUUAUAGGACCGAGUUACCUCGAACAAAUUGGUCUCCUUAAAGAAGAGUUUCUCUUCAUAUUAGUACAUUAAACUUGAUUAAAGAUAUGUAUGUUCUUUACUGGCUGAUUUAUAUUAUAACCCUCUGUAUCUCUUUUGUACAAGCAGGCAAAGUAAUUCCUUGAUUCAUCUGUAUCAUGAUAUAUAAUAAGCAUUGGGUAGAUUGCUUUGACA